AUGUCUGAAUCUGAGCCUGAAGGCUACGCGCUGCAAGACCGACUAAAACAUCUCAUCCAACCAAAGCAGCCUGAAGGCAAAAAGGCGGGUCGCCCUAUCGCACCGGCGGCCCCGGCGCGUUAUUAUCUGAAUGCGCUGCCUCCGAGCGUGGUCCUGGAGGUCUCUCGGUACUUGAAACCCAGAGAUUUGUUGAGCCUUUCACGCGCGACGAACCAUGUUCGCGAAGUGUUGUCGUCUCCCAAUUCACAGAGAACAUGGGAGAAAGUGCUUUUACUUGAUCCUGAACUCCCGAGGCGUCCCAGCGACAUGACAGCCCAGGAGUUCAUUUGUUUUCUGCUGCAAGAAUUUUGUAUGAUUUGCAACGCGACAGCGGGUAUCACCCGCUUCUGGGGCCUGAGGCUCAUGCUCUGCAACGUCUGCAAAGUCUCCAACAUUGUUGACGGCCACCAGAUCAUCGAGAAAGAAGGCGAGGCUAAUUACAAAAAGAUAGUACCAAGCCUUCUCUUUCACUGCAAGUACGAUCCACCUUGCAGGUGUAAGGUGAAAGAUCAUCUUGAAAACCAUGUCUACUUCCAUGGAGACGUGAAGUUUGUCAUUGACGGCAUGAAAGACCUCCGAACCGCCUACGAAAAGGGAAUGUUCCUCAGGCAAAGGAAGCGGUUGAUGACACAAUUGAUGUCGUCGGUUCCAGCUAUGUUGGACUGGAAGCACAGGGACGCCUUUGCCAGGUUGAAGGCCCGAGACAGUCGGUCAGAGCCCUUUUCCAAAUACCUGCGGUCCACCUACAGUGCGUUCAGGGAGGCUCUACCGUGGUCAGUAUCGCUACCGGAGACAUUCGAUGAACUGGAGCAGCUGGGCGAGUAUCGGGACCAUUUCGCGGCUCUGCUAGCAUCGGAUGAGGCGGUGCCCCAACCUCUCCCUGCCGGAGCCCAGACAUGCGCGUUUUCAGAAAAGUAUUUCGGUAAUCUCUUGCUGGAGGUGGAAAACGGAUCGCCCGACGCACUCUACGACCUCAUCUGCACAGUCCGUCCCGAGUACAAAUCCCAACCGAAACCGACUAUCCUCUUGCGCGCUUCGACGCUAUUGUCGUGCAAGAGCAGUAAAUAUGACUGUUGCGGCCUCUUCAGGCGCCCGGGACUAUUCAAUUACCCCGAGAUUAGCAGCCAUGCGAGGUCGCCAAAGGUGGACAGCCGGUUUAUAGAGGUUGCUGAGGACGUUUUGGAAGCUCUUGGGUAUGCUAGAGAUGUAUCCCGUGCGACUAUUGGCUCCGUGGAGGGUCGGUUGGUGUGCAAAUGCGGAUGGGAUCCCAAAGGGAAAGCUAUGAGGCUCUGUGAGCUGGUUACACACAUCAUUGCUGAACAGGACUAUUACGAAAAGAUCCUCAAAGGCGCGCAGGAACGAAAAAUUGAGCUUGGGACAAAGCCCAACAUCCUGAUCAACGUUCACGCUAAAGAGCGCUACAAAAAGCUCAUCAAAAUAAGCAGCAAAGAGCCUGAGGAUAGCGGAGAGCUUUUCAAAUCUAUUGACCAUGAGUUCUAUUACAACGAGCACCCUGAAGAUCGGUACGACGGCGAGCUCUUAGCCUACUGUGGCCCCUGCUAUCGAAUGGCGAAGGUUUCCCGGACGUUCCCCGUCUUCGAUGGCCAUUUCACGGUUGAAGACCAUGUCAAGCAAAUGCAUCAAGCCACGGGGGGUUCGGCGACAUUGUCUUCGAAGGAAUUGAGCGAGUUAGAAGAGGCGGAAGAAUACGGGGAAGAAGGGUCUGAUCACCGCUCGGAUGACGAUGAUCAAGAGUGA